UUUCCUUCCAUCGAAGGAAAACCUUUAAGAUUCUCUUCGCGUUUAUUUUUCGUGUCCGGGAAAACGCGUAGAAAGAAAAAAGUGUCGAAAGAAAAACAAAAGAAAGAAAAAAGUUUCCUAGAGUGAAGUAGAAAAAAUUUGUGACAGUUACACUGGAAUAUACAUUACGGCUGUACUUGAUGGGAGUAUGCAUCGUUAUGCAGUGACAGAAAGCGACAUAAGCCGAACCGGUGACCGAUGCUGCUGGCAUUGGGCUUGAUCCUGCUGCUACCGCUUGUCGGAGCUUUUCGGCAAGGAAGCGACAUCUUGGCCACGUCAAACGGCACGGCCGGCUUUGCUGAGGUUUUCUCUGAUCGAGCCUUUGUAGUUACAAGGAUUCAGUCGGACGGAAAAGUCGAGAGAGCGAUCCGUUGGCCUGGAAUUUGCGCUAAGGAGACCAUCGUCAAUUGGGGAGACAUCGACGUGACGUUAAGACAGGUCUGGGAGCAGAACACCGGGAGAAAGUUGCAACUGAUAUACGAGGGUGGCAGUUUGACCGACUGCAUCGACGAGGAACUAGAAAGAGGGGACGAGAGGUCCUGCCUGUCGAAUAUACACUCCGAUGACUACGAUGACGAAGCAGAGGCGGUCAUCGACGAGGUGUUCGAGUACAACGAUGUCGAGAGUAGUACGUCGACCGUGUCCCGAGACUUUUCUUGGUUAUCAUCGACCUCCGAGCUACGUCAUCGGUGCAACCGUUUGAGAACGAGAACGCGAAAUCAAGUCAUAGCUCAGCAUCGACGAAGGGAAUACAGAAAGAACGUCAACGACACCAUACUUGGUGAAAGAAGAGAAAGACGCAGUAGGAGUCGAAGACGUAGAGAAUUACUUUUGAUACCAGGAACCCAAUGGUGCGGACGUGGUCAUCGUGCUACAAAAUAUACUAAUUUAGGUGGAUUUGGUGUUGCCGAUGCCUGUUGCCGAAGGCACGACACCGCUUGUCCAUUCUUCAUACCAGCAUUUGAGACACGUUACGGCCUUUUUAAUUGGGGUAUCACCACUAUGAUGCACUGCGCUUGCGACGAACGAUUCCGCACGUGUUUAAAAAUGGCGGACACGUCGUCAGCGAAUUUUAUCGGUAAGAUAUUUUUCGACGUACUCCAAACGAAAUGUUUCGUUCUUAAGCCCCAAAAGAUUUGUACGAAGAGAUCAUGGUGGGGCAAGUGUCAGCAUCACGAGUAUCGCAAACAGGCAUAUAUUCGCGACAAUGUUCCUUAUUGAGUGACAUGAGUAAGUCGAAAAGAGGUAUAAACGAGAGAGAGAGAAAGAAAAAAGGAGAGCAGAAAUAAAAGCACAUACACACAAAAAAUAGAAACAAAAAAGAUAUUUAAAUAUUCUUCUAGAGAUGUCAAUAGGAAUUCUCAGGGAUAUGAAAAUAGUCUAUCGUGUAUUUAAUAAGGUGUAUUAAUGAUUAAAAAUCGUUUCACGAAUUAAAAAAAAAAAAAAAAAAAAUGAAAAAGAAAAAAAAAAGAAAAAAGAAGUAACAAGCGCUGCCAAGACAAUUUUUUGCCAUGACAAUACUCGAACUCGUUUAUUUUCACACGAUAAUAAUAAUCGUAAAUUAUAUUUAAAUUGAAAAUUUUGAAAGAAUUUUAUACCUUUUAAAUAAUUCAUCGAUUUUACUAUCUUCAUGGCCGCAUUUUGUGAUAAGGCUCAUUAUAUGCAAAAACUGGACCAUCUUAUUUCUCACGAAAGAACAAUUCUGAUAUAUUUGUUAAAAACAAAAUUAGAAAAAAAAAAAGAAAAAUUUUAAUUAUUAUUUUUAUUGUUAUUAUUGUUAUAUAUUUUUUUUUAAUUA